UCGGGCCGGGGGCCCGGCGCCGGCGGCCAGGAGCGUGCGCAGGCGCGGGGGAGCGCUGGGAUUCAUGGCGGAAGUGGACCUGGUCGCCGAGUUCCCCCAGCCCGCCGGUGCUGCGCGCUGGGCCGAGGUGAUGGCUCGCUUCGCCGCCCGGCUGGGCGCGCAGGGACGGCGGGUAGUGCUGGUGACGUCCGGCGGCACCAAGGUCCCGCUGGAGGCUCGGGCAGUGCGCUUCCUGGACAACUUCAGCAGCGGGCGGCGCGGGGCCACCUCGGCCGAGGUCUUCCUGGCGGCGGGCUACGGGGUCCUGUUCCUCCACCGCGCCCGCUCUGCCUUCCCCUUUGCCCACCGCUUCCCUCCCCAGACCUGGCUGUCAGCGCUGCGGCCCACCAGCCCAGCCACUUCGGGCUUACUGAGCCUGGAGGUCGAGGAGAAGGCGCUCCCGGGCUUCGCGGCGGCUCUGAGGCGCUACCAGGAAGCGGCGGCCGCGGGCACCUUCCUGGCGAUAGAGUUCACCACUUUGGCGGACUAUUUGCAUCUGCUGCAGGCUGCGGCCCAGGCGCUCAAUCCGCUAGGCCCCUCUGCGAUGUUUUACCUGGCUGCGGCCGUGUCAGAUUUCUAUGUUCCUGUCUCUGAAAUGCCUGAACACAAGAUCCAGUCAUCUGGGGGCCCACUGCAGAUAACAAUGAAGAUGGUGCCAAAAAUGCUUUCUCCUUUGGUUAAAGACUGGGCUCCCAAAGCAUUUAUAAUUUCCUUUAAGUUGGAGACUAAUCCCUCUAUCAUAAUUGACCGUGCACGGAAUGCUUUGGAAAUGUAUCGACAUCAAGUGGUGGUGGCUAAUAUCCUUGAGUCACAACGGUCCUUUGUGGUUAUUAUAACCAAAGACUCAGAAACUAAGUUAUUGCUAUCAGAGGAAGAAAUAGAAAAAGGCAUGGAAAUAGAAGAGAAGAUAGUGGAUGAUCUUCAGUCCCGACACACAGCUUUUAUACAAGACAAAAAUUGAAGGGUCAAUAACUAUAGGGUCAAGAAUUGUUCAGUGGACCAGGGCUCUUACAGAUGGUGAGAACUAGAAUAAGUCCUUUGCUUUCAUAAAGACAGAGAAAAUGAAGGGAAAAAGCAGUGAGUGGUGUGCAGGCGAAUAUGGUUUGCUAUUUGUCUUUUAAAGGUUAAUACCCAUUAAAAAUGAAAACAAAAGCAAAACAAUUAUGACUUACCCACCUGACACAUUCACCUGGAUGUCAUCUUGAUUUUAAAAUGAGCAUGAGCUGUUUCUCACCCUUAAAAAAAGAGCUUAUUGGGAAUUAUAUUCCUUAAAAUAUACAUGUGGGGCCUGAAUAUCGACCAUCUUCACUAUAAAGUGGAUUAUGGUUUCAUGAAUGGUCAUGCUUUGAAGAUCAGUUGUUGAUGCCUACUAUGUGGUAGGCCUUAAUGAUUAUGAGGAUUAACAAGAUGAAUAAACAUGUCUAGUUUGGGAAAUGGAUAUAUAAAAAAUUAAGUGCAAUAAAGUGUGUGCCCAAAAGUUGACAUUGUGGAAAGGAUGUUUUUCUUUGGGGAUUUAUCAAAGAUGGGAGUAGGAGAGAAGGACACCUCCCUGAAGAUAGGUUGCCUGAGGAAUAACGAGCUUCCUACUGCUUUACUUUUUGCUUUCUUGUCCUAGAAUUACUCCAUGUUUGAGUUAACAAUUUACCUUUCAAGUAUUUUAGGACUGCUCUUCAGGAAGAGAACCUGGGCUUCCGCCUGGAACCAGGCAGGGGCCAAUUGAUCAUCUCUACCCUUGGGGAAGCAUUACAGUGUGGUAAAGUGUAUGGGCUUUGGAGUCAUCUUAGCCAGGUUUGACCUCUCCAAGCUAUACUACCUGUUAGCUCAAUAAAAUUCAGACACCUGACUUAAUUUCCAUUUUCUCAUCUAUAAAAUGGAGAUAAUCUCUGGAAAACAAUGCCAUUUGUUGUGAGGAUUAAGUAAAACAAGAUAAAGCAUUUGCCUCGUGCCUGGAACAUAAUUUACACUCAAUAAAUGGUUGCAAUUGUUUUCUUCACUUAGUAAGGCAGUAUUGGGCUGGUGUCUUGCUGGAUCCUUAAAUACUUGAGAAGUUUUCAAAGCACUGGCUGUCCUGGCACAAGAAGUGUAGUCCAGAAAAAUCCCCUAAAUGAUUCGUACGAUGGUCCAGAGUACAAUUUGGAAAACUACCAUUAACAGCUAGGUAGAAGCAGGUACUGUGCUUCACACAAAUAUUUGAUUUAAAUGUAAUUGGUGAUGUUUUAUGGAGUGACUUGGGAAGAGUAGCCCAAUGUGACUGAUAAUAGAGGUACAAUAAACUUUAGUUGAAAAGAUUUGAACAGAAGUGCCAAGAUGCGCUGAAAUAGUUCAUUAAUUAGGAAGUGUGACCUUGAGCAGAGGGAAAAUAACCAGUAAUCAGCAGCAGUCCCAUUGAACAAAAUUUUUUCAUUAACUUUAGGUCCAAUGGGCAAAACCUUAAAAGCAAUAGUUCUGUCAGCAAUGGCUGCAAUACUGAAGUGAUAGGAAGUAAAAGAUUGAUUUUCUUCCCUACAUCUAUAGCUUUAUUCGGAUGAUGGCUGUCAUCAUCUUUGUAUAUACAAUGAGAAUAAAUGGAAUUAAAACUAGAAGUAAUCUUAAUGUUUUUAUCUUAAUGAUUACUUCUCUUGGAAACCAUUUCCUAUCUUGUUUAUGCUUGAAACAACCACCACUUCUCUCCAUGGAGUUAUUUAAAGUGUUUUGUAAUUCUGUUUAGUCUCCAUUCCAAACACUUAAACAGUAUUUACACAUGUUAAAAUUCUAAGUGUUUGGGGGGAAAAAUACCAAUAGCAAAUGGAAGUGAGCAAAAGAAAGAAAUAAUGAAAAGGAACAUGAUUUCUCAGUGAGAAAAUGAGAAAGAAUGUGAUCUAGACUGGAGAACCAAGGAAUGCUUCCUUGAGGAAGUGACGCUUGAACUGAUAUAGAAUCUAAGUGGGCUUGAGGUGAUGGUGGUGAGCAUUUUAGGUGAGAGAAAAGAACUUCUAAGCCUUAGAAUCUAAGGGCUCUGGUGCCAGAGGUAGAGGUUGAAGCAGUUCUAGAAAGUAAGGGAUAAAAUCCGUCCUGAUAAUGCAUGUAGAACCGGCAGAGCUUUGGAAAGGAUCCUAUGGGAAACCAGAAUAAGAUUAAAAAAUGUAAGUACGUGUUUGGGAUACCAGAAAAGCCCUGUAAACGUGAAUAAAAUAGAGCUUUAACUAACUGGAAUCUUACAAUAAAAGCAUUUAAAUAAAAAUGAUAUAAAUUGA